AACACAUAGAGUUGGGAAGGGCUUCUCUGCCCUAUCUAGAAUUCUGGAUUCUUCAUAUCAGCAAAGAUAAUGUUUGAGAAGUAAUUCCAAUGGAACUUAGCAAACAUAUUUUUUUUUUUGCACUGUUCCUUGAACAAACACUGAUCAUGUAUAAAAAUAUAUAAAGUGCAUUUGCACCUUACUCUUUCAAUCUCCUUGACAUAGACAAGGCUUCACCAUGAAAAGCCUGGUGAGUAUAACGUGACAUGUUCAAGAAAAUUAAGAAGAAUCUAUAAUAUUACCCAGAUUGUAUUUUGAAAGGCUUUGUCAUUGUUCUCUGUUCUAGAUUGUGAUUGCUGCCCUCUUGGGAGUCUUCCUAACUCAAACUCUAGCAAACGACGUAAGUAAAUAAAUGCAGAUUGUUUGAAUCGAUUCCAUACUAAUUAUAUUUGCCAUACACAAACUUUGGUUAAGUGGGCGUGGCUUUGAGUCUUGAGCAAAAAGGUCACUUAUUGUCUCUUAUCGACAUAUAUUUUAAUAGAUUUUAGCCAAUAGAGCAUAUUUACUCAUUGUAUGACCAUAUAGCCCCAACAAUGCAGACUAUAAAAAUACUAUUCAGGAGUCCACCCUUCAAUCUGAGUGCUGGUUCUUCUGAAUCUUCUAUAAUUCAUACCUUUACAUCUGCUCUUUAUUUAUUGGUCUAAAAAUCUAUUUGUAAUUAAACUCUUAAAAUAAAUAUCCAACACUUGUACACGCGUGUUGCUUGCUUAUGUGUGUUGGUAUUUCUUAAGUUCAGGUUCUUUAUUGCAUAUUUACAUUGAUUUAUAUUUAGUUUUUUAUAGUGCAUUUUUUGUUUGUUUUUUAUAUUGCAUAUUUAAAAAAUUAGUUUUUUUAUAUGGCAUAUUAAAAAAUACAAAAUGGAAACUAAUUGAAUUUAGGAAAAGUAGGUUUAAUAGAAAUCACACAGACUUAGAAAACAAGGUAAACUGAAAACCUUCUAUAAGUCAGGUAUUUUGUCAAAAAUAAUGCUUAAAUAAUUUUAAUAUAUAUAGUAUUAAAUAAUAAAAUGAUCAAAAAUAAGAGCACAUUAUUAAACACGUGAUCUCUGCAUUAAACUAGCUCACACUAUCUCUGCCCAUAUAGGAGAAUAUUGGUAGCACUCUAUGCAAGGUUGCAAUUUAGUCCAGUACAUGUUCUUUAGGGAUCAUGUGUAUCAACAACACAAAACCAAUUAUCUAUCAUCUCUAUGGCAGUUAUGCUAUUCAAGUAAUAAAUGAAAAAAAAGUUUAUAAUUUGGAACUUAAACAAUUGAUACAUUUUUUUUUUUAAAUAAAAUAAAAUAAAACCAUAUACUUUUGCAGCAUCAAUUAAGUGUACAAUGCUAAAUAUACACACACACACACACACACAAAACCCACAAUGCAACUGUUGUACAAUAGUUAAACCCAUACAGAUGUGAAAUACUUCUUUGUGCAUGAAGUUAGUUUUCCAGUAUCAGUCAGCAUGUUGACAGACAAAAAUCUUGUAAUAUGUACAGUAUACGCAUGAAUACAAAUAGACCAAAGAUCAAAUAUCACUCACAAAAAAUGGGUAGAUUUGCUGCUCUCAUUUUGAUGGUUAUAUUGAAGCUCAGGUAAUGAUAAAAAAUAUUCACUCUAUAUAAACUCAGGUUAUAACUGAAAAUAAUACAUGUGUAGAGAGUAACAUUUAUUAAAACACACACAAAAAUUUGUUUUAAUAAAUGUUAUUUUUAUAUGCAUAUAUUUUUCCUCCAUUUUUCAUUCCGUAACCUCAACCUAUGUUCCUAAGAGUGUAAUCUGACUUUUCAUCAUUAGCAGAGUUGCAAAGGAACCCUUAAAGUGAAAGUAACAGUAAUCAUGUUCCUUUUUUGUGAAUGCUACUUCAUAUUUAAACUAACACCCUUUAUUAGUGUUUAUACAUACUGCACAAUCAUUGUGCCCUCUUUUUGUCUCUUGAUAUACUGAUCAAUAUCAGACAUCCUUCAUGCUGAUAUAAGUAUUUUUUACAUGUAUCUAUGUAUGUGUGUUACACAUAGUACACCAAAUGCUACCUAGCCAACAAUGCAUCCUGUACUAUACUGACCAAAAAAAACCAAACAGGUCUUACCUAGCAAAAAGUGUGACAAAUGAAUACAAGCCACUUAAUAUAGACUUGAUAUUUAAGUAAAUGCAUUGAUAUUGGUGUGAGAUUGCAUAAAUCUUGAGAAAAUUAGAUUUGACAAUUUUUCUUUAAAUAUUUUAAUAUCCCUGUUCCAGAAUAUCAAAAUCAACAAUGAAGGAAAUGAUGGAGGCAAUGUUUACCAGAACGUCAACAUUAACAACCAGGACAAUAUUGCCAGUGUCAACAGCCUAAAUGGCUGGAACUCCUGGGAUUCCGUCUGUGACUUUGGCAGAGUAAGUAAUGUACAGAGUCAUGGUAUAAAAUAGGAGGAUAACAUGGGAAUCUGUAGGUCCUACAAAGAGUUUGGGUUACAGUAAGCCUUUUAAAAUGCAGCCAACGAGUGUUUAUUAACCAAAUAAAUAUAGUAACAUUGAUAAUAUUAAAAAUAAUGUUCAUACCUUUAAAACAUGCAAGGGGUAAAGAUAGUAUACUGUUGUUUUCUGUACAUGUUGAUGUGCAGUUAUUUAUAAAUUGCAUGUAGCAAUCUGGUUAUUUUUUUCAAUUAGUAAGUUUCUCAGUUGUAAAAUAUAUUCGUAUAACAAAUAUUCAUACCUUGUACGUAUCCCUAUUUAGGAGGGACAGUCCCUAUUUGUGGCCCAAAGCCAUCAGAAACUCUUUUCUGUUCUAAUGUUUCUCUUUUCUGGGAGCUAAGAAGAGGCAUAACUAGAAACCACCAGGCCAUGGUGCAACAAUUGCCCCGGGCCCACCCAUGUUUCAUUCCCUCCCCCCAGCUCCUCCAUUUGUCUCAUUCCCUCUCUCCCUCCAGACCCUCUCUCCCACUAGCCCCUCCAUUUGUCUCAUUCCCUUUCCCCUCCAUUUUCCCCCAGCCCCUCUAUCAUUGUGCUCUCUUUUUGUCUCUUGAUAUGCUGAUUGAUUUCAGGAGACAUCCUUAAUGCUAAUAAGUAUUUUUUACAUGUAUGCAUGCGUGUUGCACAUAAUACACCAAAAGCAUUGUAGGGUAUGCUACCUAGCUAACAAUGCAUCCUGUACAAUACUGACCAAAAAAAACAUCUUACCUAGCAAAGAGUGUCACAAAUUAAUUCAAGCCUUAUUCCCUCUCUAACAGCCCCUCCAUUUAUGUCAUUCCCCCCCUCACCUUCUCUCAGGCCCUCCAUUUGUGUCAUUCCCCCCUCACCUUCUCUCAGCCCAUCCAAUUGUGUCAUUCCCUCUCUCAGCCCAUCCAUUUGUCUCAUUAUCUCUCUCUCCCCCCUUCCCUCCUGUACCUCCUGUCUCUGUGUGGUGUGGCCAAGUGAUACACAGUCUGAAAGCAAGUGCUCUCUCACUGAGCUCUUCCUGUCAGACCAUAGUGCUAGGCCAGGCUACACACAGAGUGGCAGUAAGGAAGUAGCACAGCACAGUGCUUCUAACCUGACGGUCACUCUGCAACCGAGGGCCCCGGGCCAGUGCAGCCAUGCACUGGCCUUGAAAUUGUGGCGGCCCAUGGUCUCAGGGGUUGCAGCUGUGGCCAGACCCCAUGGAGUGACAGGCCCAGUCGCCACUGCAACCUCUGCGACCAUGGUAGGUACGCCACUGGAGCUCAGUAAUAUUGAUGUGCAUACAUUUAUACAAGAGCUUCAAAGCUGUAAUACUCACAGUAAUUAGUCUUUAAACUACAAUAAAUGUGUUUAGAAAGUCCUUUCUGACCUUCCUGACUCCCUUUCCUUUCCUAAUGGUACCAAUAACUAUCUGGAUAUUGGCACUACAAAGUUUUAGCCUUACUCCCUUGAACAGUUUUUUUUGGUAUCAGAGUGGUUAACUCCUUUUUACUCAGGCUGCAAUGGCCUUGUGAUACCUCCCUUCCUUCUCUCUCUGUUCUGAUCCAUUACCACUUUUACACCCCUCACAUUCCUGGUAUUCCAUUUGGGCUUAGUCGAUGCUUCCUUGACAUGGUAUUUUGAAUGGAUCCUGCGUGAUCCCUUCUAGUGACACAAGUUGCAUAUUUUCCUGUUUGCAUUGUUCCUUUCUGGGAGUUAUCCCCUCUCCCUUUUCUUCUUGCCAUGUUUCUUUUUUAUUUAUAUAUUUAUUGAUGAAAAUUCAAUAGAAAUAAUAACAAUUUAAAAAAAAAAAAUCUGUGUCAAUAAAACACAUUGUUCUUGUUCUAAAUUAAAUUUUUUAGUAAUAUUAGUAAGUUGCCAAAAAAAAAAAUCACAAAACAGCCCUGCCCCUGGACACACACUAAAUAUUACAUAAUCUGCCAACUAUUUCAAUAGUUAUUUUUUUUUCAAUCCUGUACUGCAUGGAUAGUAACGUAAUCUGUGCAAUUAUUCCUCAUAGGAAUUCGGGAAUUAUGUACAUGUCAUACCAAUGCAGCUCUGUUAACCAAAUCAGAACCAAGACAUACAGUAUUUGGCGAGGACUGCCUGGGUUAAUGGCAGAUACAUAUCUGACUAGCGACAUUUUAAUAACAGCAGUCAAGAUAGCUGCCUCCAAGGACUGUAACUCUGACUUAUCUCAAGCUGCACUGAGACAUGUAUGUCCCAGUGUUACCCUUAUAGUAAAGACUUCUUCUUAACCAUUACAUUAAGCUAACACAAUCUGGGCUGAUGGAAGGAUUUUUGUCUCUGUUAAAGCAAUGAGAUAUUCCAUACUCUGGCAAUCGACUCAUUAACAGUGUCUGCUGAUUUUCUAGAUCAGAGCUGCCCAACAGGUAGAUCCCCAGAUGUUGUAGAACUACAACUCCCAUGAUGAUUUGCAUGCCUCUAGAAUGCUUUUAGAAUGACAAAGCAUCAUGGAGUUGCAGUUCUACAUCAUCUGGGGAUCUACCUGUUGGGCAGCCCUGAUUUAGAUUAUCCAGCAACACUAGGUGAGAAAUGAAAUAAUUGUCCAUUGUCCUUGUACUCAUUCUAUUUGCAACUGUGUUCGUUUUGUAGGGAUUUGCUGCUACCAGACUCUUUAACAAGAAGAUAUGCAUUAUCAACAAGAUGAACAAGUCCUUCCCUACAUUGGCCCAAUUGAGUGCUAUCGCCAAUGACAAGCAGAAGGUCAGACAUGCUUUCACUGCUGCUUUUAUAUAUGACAGGUGUUUAAAGAAAAUGUGUAGUAUGUAUGUAUAUGUAGCUAUGUCAUGUCCCAGUCAACGCAGCAGAAAAGGAUGAACGCAAGUCAGAUCUUUUUAAAAAAACAAAAACAAAUCUUUAGUGCAUAGGUCCACUGUUAGCUCAGGAGAGAUGUUAGUAAGUAAUGGGAGGUCCAGCAUAAUAAGAAUUAGAUGAAUAAUAGAGUGUGAGAUAUGGGUCUAUACCAAGCUGAUGAGGGUAUGAAAUCCAGAUGAUAGUGAAUCCCUCUAGAAUUAUUGCCAUACAGAAUCUACGGCUUAAAAAGUCAGGCUACUAGCCAGAUAUUAAAAGUUACUCGCUAUUGUAAGCCUGAAGAGAUGGAUUUCUACUUUUGAGUGUUGUCGUGAGCCAGUAGACUUAGGAAAUAAUAAAUUGUGUGACAAUACUGAAGGUUAAUGUAUAAAGGGAAUUAUCUUUUCUAAAACCAGAGUAUAACAGUAACAGUCAUGUUAAGAGGUCCUGCUUUCUACAAUAACUGAACCCUGAAUGUGGAAAUUGUCAAGAAAACUGAAUUUAACAUAUUCAUUGAAUUUCAAGAGUCACCUGCACUACAAAUGUAUUGUUUUUAUCUUAUCUUACAAUAACAUAGUAAAUCACCGUUCUACUUAGUAGUGGACAAUUUGACCAAAACUGAAGUGAGGUUUGUGCUGGAUGCUGUACUAUGAAUUCUAGGAUAAAAAUUAGGAAAAAGAAUGAAAAUGCUAGAAGCUUGGAAAAGCAAUACUUUUGGGUUUGGGUUAAGAAUCAGGACAGGAUUAUAAGGAUACUUUUUUGGGUUGAAAGCAUAGCUGACUUUUUCCAUGUUUCCAUUUUUGGCUAUUUUGACCUAAAAUUUUAAAUUCACUUUGAAUUCUCACUUUAGCAAAUAAUAGCACCCAUGAAUGAAAUGGCUUUUACAGAUUAAGUUGUCCAUGACACGUUUGGAUUUGGCUAACUUGCUCUUAGCUCAAUGUUUAUGUUAAAUACCCAUUAGGUGAAUCAUUAAUAAUUCUUUAAAAACGUAACAUUUCUCAAUCCAUAUAGAUGUUCUCACCAGUCAUCUCCUGCAGCUAAUCCUCACACACAGAAAUGGAGAUAAAUUGCUAUUUUUCCAUAGAUAAAUUUAAUAACAUCCCAUUAAUAUUGUUUAAUAAAUAAAUGUGAGAACAUGAAAAUCAUGAUAUUGUUUUGCAUUUUCAUAAAGAAAUCAAAGAUUCAUAAUGCCAUUUACAAUACAUAGGAGUCUAAUGAAUAAUUCACUCUGUUUUUUUUAGCCUGCACCUAAUGCGCAAAUGACAAGCUACACUAUCAACCAGAAACCCGUAGUUCACAUUGAGGAGUAUGGGCAGCACAUUGAAUCUCUAUGUAAAGGACUUCCUGCCUACACCGCCAUGGAGAUUCCUAGUAAGUAAACUUUGAAAACAGGGAGCAUUGCUAAUGUAACUUAUUUGACUCAUACUACUUGCAUAUUUCUCAAUACACUCAGAUGUUAUUGUUGACUAAAGUGGGUUCCCAUUUCUGUACCACAACUUCAAGGACCCAUUUUUUACUUCUAGAAAAGUGUGUUAUUUUAAAACAACUGUGUUUUAGGGUGAUGUUUGUGCAUAGAACCCCUAGGUGCAUUAUUAGUGAACCCCAACAGGUAGCUAUGGGACAGUGGAGAAAUGGCCUGGUUUUGCCAUUGAUAUUUACUGGAGGGCAGGGAAAUAUUAGAAAGAUGCAUUACAUAACACAAAUUACAGGUGUUAAAAAAACAAAACAAAAAAACAGAUCAGCAAGUGAUGAAACCAAUCACUAAACAAGAAAAUGGUAUAUAGGGGGGUAUUCAUAUCAUAUACAGCUGCUCAAAACUGCACAUUUAUAUUUGUUGUAAGUCAUAUUUAUAUUGGUUGGGAUGAACAAUUAUUAAGUUAAAGAAAGGCAUCUUGCAAACGCUAUGCUUUCAGUCAUGUUUAUUAGAAUAUUAGUGUCGGUUAAGCAAAGGUAUACAUUUAUAAGUUACAAUGCAUUAUGAUUUAAAUGUACAAAUCUCCAAAUCUCCAAGGUAAUGGUAUAAGAAACUAAAUCGGUUGGGAAUUGUAGAAGUAAUGCAGGUUUUCACUCUUUGGACCAAAAUUAAAAUUUUGAUGUCAAAUGUCUCUGUAAAACCAGUUCAAUAAUUUCAUCAGAAGUUUUGCAUACAGAUGUGCUAUGCGAAUCCACGAGUGCCUAGCCCUUCCUUUGCUGGAAUUUGCUGUGGUUUUUCUUUUGUGCUGGGAAUUAAUCUUCGUAAAAAGGACUAUGCUAGUGGCAGAACUACCAGGGUUGAUAGCUCUGCCUGUUACCUGCCUCCAGGUUAUUAUGACACCACUCUGAACGGCCGGCCAGAAAAACAUUUGGCAACCUUAAAUAACAAGGAAUGGCAGCAAUUGUGGAUAUCAUGUUGACCUAGCAAUAUUUGCUGUUUGCAAAUAUUUUGGUACAAUAUAAAUAAUAAUAAAUCGUGACAAAUUUGACAGAAGAUAUCUCAAGGCACAGUUGUAAACACAGCUAUUUUUAGCUUAUAACUAGAUAUUUUCUCCUUAUUGAAAGGUAGACCAACACCUAAAAAAAGAAAGUAAAAUGAAAACAAAAUGUUUAUUUAUUAAUGUCUCCAAUCAAUUACCUGUAAAACUGUUUAAAAUAACCGAUAUUUUCAAUAUUAUCAGGCUUAUUAUAAAAUGUGUUAUGUAAAGUAUGUCAAUACAUAGAAAAAUAACUAAUUUCUCUAGAUUGUAUAUGAUCAAAAAAUUUGGAAAUACAUUCUCAACGCAUUCACUGAUGGUAGUUUUAGCUUUCCUCUGAACUAACCAGAUGUGUGUCACAGAGAAAGUAAGGCUUAAAUGUCUCCUUCUACUAUAACAAAGCAUAUCUUUUCAGAUGUCGGAGGAGAGUUUUCCUUUUGCAAAAGCAACAGUAUCAUCACAAUUUUGGGAAUCAGCUUCUGUUUUUAAGAUGUUCAUUUGGAGGAUUACAGCUCUCUGACAUGACGCGUUGAGACGUCUUUUUCCAAAUAUUCCACCCUAUGGAAUCUUAAUAUUCUUUCAAUGACAUACAAUAAAAGAUUUCUCCCCAGCUAUUGGCUGCUCGUGUCUUUUUAAGUAAAACCAACAUGUGGGAAAAAUGUUAAUUAUUUAAAUAAAUAGAACAGAAAAUCACUAUUAAUGUUUUAACGGUUUUGAAAAAUUAUAGAGAAAGAAGAAACUCCUAGACAAAUAAUUUCAACAAAUAACAUACUAAAUUGGAGGCUUGGUGCAAUAAUAUAAAUAUAGGGCUUUUCAUGACCAAAGUCAAGAUGGUAUAUUCAGAAGAAAUUACAAUGCUAGCUUUGAAUAAUAUGGGUAGUAAAUGAAAACCAUAACUUUAAAAUCUGUGCAUAGUCUUUCAAAAGAAUAGAAUACACACAAUAAUUCCACAACUACAAACAAACUAUCCAUGUAUAUCUCUCAUUAACUCUAAAUAACAUUUUGUGUAAUCAACCUACUGUUACAGAUUGUCUCAUAACAUUAUGUUUUAUGUUUUAAUGCAGUGGUCCAAAUUAUUCUUAAAGGGACACUAUAGUCACCAAAACAACUUUAGCUUAAUGAAGCAGUUUUGGUGUAUAGAUCAUGUUCCCGCAGUUUUACUGCUCAAUUCUCUGCCAUUUAGGAGUUAAAUCACUUUGUUUAUGAACCCUAGUCACACCUCCCUGCAUGUGACUUCCUAAACACUUCCUGUAAAGAGCCGUCUAAAGUUUAUCCUUCCUUCAUUGCAAGUUCUAUUUAUUUUGGGUUUUUUACCCCCCUGGUAUGUUAAUAGCUUGCUAGACCCUGCAAGAGCCUCCUGUAUGUGAUUAAUGUUCAAUUUACAGCGAAAGAUAUACAAUUGUUUAAGGAAAAUUACGUCUGAUUGAAUGUGAAACCAGUGUUUUUUCAUGCAGGCUGUGUUGAUCAGAGUCAUGGGGGGUGUGACAAGGCUUGCAUUAACAGAAACAAAGUGAUUUAACUCAUAAAUGACAGUAAAUUGAGCAGUGAAAUUGCAGGAGAAUGAUCUAUACACUAAAACUGCUUCGUUAAGCUAAAGUUGUUUAGGUGAAUAUAGUGUUCCUUUAAAAUCUGUAAGAUCAAUGGCUUGUUUCCUCGAUAACCUAUUUUUUUUUUUUUUAUAAUGUUUGUUAAAUAGUUUGCUAAGGGAUAUUAUUUAGACUCAAUAUAAACAAGUUAAAUUGUGUGCGGCCAUAAUGUCAAGUGUGUCUAUAUUUUUUUGAGCUGCCUUGACUGUCGUUGCGAAUGUUACUCUUGUAUCCAAAUGCUUUUUGUCCUUCAAAUCUAUUUAGAUAUGACCUACAUAAAUAUAAUUAAAUCAGAGAACUGUAAUAUAUCGUUCUUUAAAUAUCUUUUUUUUAUUCUAACAAACCUGCCUUUUCAGGUAUUGGAGGAGAAUUUGUAAGCUGCUGCAGUUCCAGUAUCAUCACGAUUUUGGGCAUCAGCCUGUGUUUUUAAGCCCUCUGGCAAGAUUCCUGCUGAUGCACACCCUCAAACUAUUGUUAUGGAUUAUGUUGAACUCUCAUCCUGUAAUAAAAACAUUUAUUUGGGGUUAAUAGCCGCAUGUCUUUUUUAAUGUAAACCUCUCAGAAGAAAAAUGAUUCAUAAAUAAAUGC